AUGUUACAGAAUGAUGGUGAACCAGAAUCCCCUAUGCAACCUCUUCCUGAUCAAACUUCUCCAUAAGAGAUUACUAAGAUUGAACUACCUGAUUAGUCAUCACCUCGUCAGCCAGAAUCCCCAAAAAUGGAUAGGGGAUCUCCUGAUCAUACGAGUCAAAUCUCAGAAGACUAAGAGGAAGCCGUUCCAGAAGAAGAAUGGUAGAAAACAAAGGAGGAAUGGUUGGCUUAAGGAAAAACAGAGGAUCCCCCUAGAUUUAGAAUACAUCGAUAGGCAGCCAGAAGAAAAUCGUUAUUGAAACUUGCCUCAGCUGGUGCUAAUGAUUACGGAGCUAUUUACGUGAGAAAAUAAGUGUUAGAACACUUGGACUCCUAUGAAGUUGAACAAUGGUAGUGGAAGAAUGAUCCUCAUGAUAUUUUAUCUAUUAAUUUUAUGUGUAAGCAUGGAUAAGCGAAUUUGUUUGCUUGGAUGACAGAAUAAGGAAUUUAAAUGAGUGAGACAGAUCCACCUAGAUUAGAACCUGAUGCAUUUGAUCCCGAUUUUGUGUAUUUUUUGAAACUGCCACACCCAUAAGAUGUGAUAAUAAGUGAGGAAAAUGUUGCUGAGUAUGUCAGCGAUGGUGUUAUCAAUAUUAAUUACUUGAAGACAUUAUUGAAAUAAAUGAAUGCUUAAUUCAUACCAUAAUUUAUUUAGGACUCCUCUUGGCCUGAAAAUGUAAAAAAAGAGUUCUUGGCUCAAUUACAUAAAUUCAUGGCAACUCUUACUGAGUAUUCCUUCAGUCAAGAAGGCAUUACUGAGUUGUAUAUUCCAAAUGAAGACUUGAAUAAUAUUGAGUAAGCUUCUCAUGACAAAGACUUGUUGUAAAGAUUAGAGGCAAUCUUAUUACAUUGGUAGAGAUAAAUCAAAGACAUUGUGAAUAAUUAAGAAUUGGCUAUUGAGAAUGAGAAUGCAGGUCCACUUGAUGAGAUCUCUUAUUGGAGAUAAAGAAAAAAUAAUUUAUCGCACAUUCAUGAAUAAUUGGAGAAACCAGAGUUGAAAAGAAUCAUCCAAAUAUUGAGUGAUAGUCAAUAUGUCUAGAGCUUCAAGGAUGUUACUGAGAAUAUCAAAUUGGGAUCCAGUUAAGCAGAGGACAACUUAGAAAAUCUAAAGAUUCUGUAUGAACCUUGCAAAUAGUUGGAGACAGCUACACCCAAGGAGAUCCCAGAAUUACUCCCGAAUUUGUUAUUCAGAGUGAGAUAUAUCUGGGAGAAGUCUAGAUACUUUAAUACUCCAGAGAGGAUUCAAGGAUUGAUCCAUAAAAUUUCAAAUGAGAUUAUUAAGAGAUGCAAGUCUAGUAUCAAUAUCAAUGACAUGUUGGAUGGUGAUGUGGAGAAAUGCAUUUAAGAUUUGAAUGAUUCAAUUGAGUGUGGAGAACAAUGGAAGAAGAUUUACUAAAGAAUGUCAGUUGCAAUUGAGAAGAUGUCAUCAUUGACUAAAGGACCUAAAUGGGAUUUCAAUAAUUCUAUAUUUGCUUAAGUUGAUGCCUUCAUCUCUCGUUGCAAGGAGUUAUUGGAAAUAUGUGAAGGAUAAUUGCAAUUUGCCAGAAAAGGAGCUGGUAGUCACAUUCCACAAUUUGGAGGCAGCAAAGGUCAAGAGAUUGAAGAUAAUCUUGAAUAAAUAAAGGAUAGUUUUGCUAAGCAUUUGAAACCAAUCAGAGAUAUUCGUAAAACUGAUAAGGAUAAGAUAUUAGAUGUGAAAGCCUCUAAGUGGCAUGAUGUCUUUAAUGCAUUUCGUAAUGGAGUAAAGGAUUUGGAUGUUAUGUACACCAAUAUUAUUAAUAAUGCUUUUGAGAGUAUGACAACAGUUCAAUAAGGAGUUGAAUUAUUGGAAGCUUUUGAUUAAUUGGCUAAAAGACAAUCGAUCAAGAGGGUAGUUCAAAAUAAGGCUAUAGUAGUCUUAGAAUUAUUCAUCUAAGAAAUUGAUGCAACAAAACAUGAAUUCGAUAAUAUUAAGAAACUAUAGUAUUACCCUUUACAACAUGGCUCAUUUUCUGGACAGGCAAUUUGGGUUAAUUCAUUGAGUCAUAGAAUCAUGAGAAUGAGAUAUUGGAUUGAUUAGAUGUACUUCAUUGAUGACUCGAUUAAGAGAACUGCAAUUGAGAAAUUUGAAUAGUUGUCAUCGAAUUUGAAACAGUUUAUCAUAGAAUCCAGGCUGAAGGAAUGGAAAGAAGAUUGUAAAGAUCUGGAAGACAUAGUUUUGACUACCAGAUUAGACAAGUAGGUAUUAUUGAGAACAGAUGAGAAACAUCCAGAUUUCUAAUAUAAGAAGGAGUCUUUGAGACCUAAGAUUGGCCAUUUAGAAAGCAAUUUCGAUAGACAACUGUUAAAAUUGUUGCAUGAGACUUCAGCUUGGUAGAAAUUGAUAGCUGUUGGUGUUGUGAUUCCAAGUUAUGCUAAUGAUUUUUACUUAGAAUCACAAGGAGAGCUUGAGAGUGCUCAGAGAGUUGGUGAUGUUAGUUGUCAGAGAAUACAACAACAUUAUUUGGACUAUAUGACAGAAACUGAGAAGAAAUUGUUUGCUCAACAUUUGGAGACUGUCAAUAAAGGUAAUAUAACCAUUGGCAUCCCGAUUGAGAUGGAGUGCAAAGACAAUCAUUGA